AAGGCGAUUGUCAUAUGAUAGCUAAGAAGUGGCACAUUAAUGAAGCGCCGCUACAGGGGUCUUUUCUGCUCCUGUCACCGCUUAAAACUAUCAGAUGGUUCGAGGGAGGGCAUGGAGGCAGCCACCUAGCUCAGCCGAGACACGGAGCCCACAGUAGCGCCCUCCGGAGCCCUAAGACCUUCGCUGCCACCAUUCGCGCCGGGACUCCUCAGCCGAGCUCGGCCGCCCGCAGGACGCUCCAGGAGCGUCGCGGACCGGGCGGCGCGGGACGCUGCGGGACUGAGCUCAAGAGCUCAGGUUCGCGCCGAGUCCAACCGGACCCGGACGCUGCGCGCAGAGUGCGCGCCGAGAGAGAAGCCGCGCGCAGCGGCGCCCUCCCGGAUGCGGACGCGCAACUUGAAGCAACUUUAAGAUCUGAGCAGUCCGCCGGCCCGCGCAGACCCAGAGCAAGAAGAGGGCGAGGAAGAAGAUGCCUCGGCCCGGCCGUAACACGUACAGCGACCAGAAGCCGCCCUACUCGUACAUCUCGCUGACCGCUAUGGCCAUCCAGAGCUCUCCCGAGAAGAUGCUGCCGCUGAGCGAGAUCUACAAGUUCAUCAUGGACCGCUUCCCCUACUACAGGGAGAACACGCAGCGCUGGCAGAACAGCCUGCGCCACAACCUCUCCUUCAACGACUGCUUCAUCAAGAUCCCGCGGCGGCCAGACCAGCCAGGCAAGGGCAGCUUCUGGGCGCUGCACCCCAGCUGCGGGGACAUGUUCGAGAACGGCAGCUUCCUGAGGCGCCGCAAGCGCUUCAAGGUGCUUAAGUCCGACCACCUGGCGCCCAGCAAGCCAGCGGACGCGGCGCAGUACCUGCAGCAGCAGGCCAAGCUGCGGCUCAGCGCGCUGGCGGCCUCGGGCACGCACCUGCCACAGAUGCCCGCUGCCGCCUACAACUUGGGCGGCGUGGCGCAGCCCUCGGGCUUCAAGCACCCCUUCGCCAUCGAGAACAUCAUCGCGAGGGAAUACAAGAUGCCUGGGGGACUGGCCUUCUCCGCCAUGCAGCCGGUGCCCGCUGCCUACCCGCUCCCCAACCAGUUGACUACCAUGGGCAGCUCGCUGGGCACCGGCUGGCCACACGUGUAUGGCUCCGCCGGCAUGAUCGACUCUGCCACCCCCAUCUCCAUGGCGAGUGGCGACUACAGCGCCUACGGCGUGCCGUUGAAGCCGCUGUGCCACGCGGCGGGCCAGACGCUGCCCGCCAUCCCCGUACCCAUUAAGCCCACGCCGGCCGCCGUGCCCGCGCUGCCUGCGCUGCCAGCGCCCAUCCCCACCUUGCUCUCGAACUCGCCGCCCUCGCUCAGCCCAACGUCCUCACAAACAGCCACCAGCCAAAGCAGCCCCGCCACCCCCAGCGAAACGCUCACCAGCCCGGCCUCCGCCUUGCACUCGGUGGCUGUGCACUGACCCGCAGGAGCCGACGCCCCCUCUCGUUCUCCUCCCCACCACCUCACUCGCCUUCCCUGGCUCCUAGUCCUGCCCGCCGCAACCUGGAACCGCCACCCUAACUUGUCCCUUUCACCUUCGGCCAACCAGUCUUGCCCCAAAAGAACUUUGUUUUGGACCCAGGAGAGAAAACACAAACUUGCAGAUGGGCCAGGAGGCGCGUAGGAGUUGUCCUCGCCCCCACGUCAGGGAAGGCCGGGGCCACCUGAGCCGAGCCAUCCCCUCCCUGAGGCCCCGAAACCCCCUCCCAUUUGACUGGCGGGGGAAAUCCAGUCACCCCCUGUUCGCCGAGAAAAGCGCGUCUUCCCUCCGCCCAGAUCGGCGGAGCCCCGAACUCUGCGCAGUUUCAAGACUAGAGCAACUGCCUCAGAUGUUUCCAGGAACAGAUCUCCACCACACCCCCUCCCCGCGAGGGCUGCAACCGCGCAGGGGAGGGCCGGAUCUCUUUACGUCUUGGAAAUCUGCAGCAAAAAGGAGCCACUAAUCUUCCUACCCCACUCGCCUCCGCCCAUCCGGCAGGGGCUGGGCAGACCACAACUUCCCGGGGUUGCGGCCCUGCCUCCCGGGCUUCUGCGGAGAUGUUGUUGUUUGGGGUUUUGUUUCCUUCCAGAGGCUCCAGGAGGAGCUGGGAGUUAGGAAAGAGGCUGCCAAGCUGAGAAGGCGACGCUUGUCCUCACACAGCAAAACAAAACUAAAAGUAACCUUGUAUUGUUUACAAAGCGCCCAGUAAUAUGUAAACAAUGAACUUGAAUCUGUCUUGCUAGGCGGACGAACGGGCAAAGCCCACAUUAUAAGUACCUGUUGUAAUGUGAAUGUUUACUCUUCAUUUCUGGCCAGGUUUAGGGGAGGGAAGUGGGGAUGGGAAAGUUAAUUGGGAUGUUAACUUUCCGAUUACUUAGAGACCUUUUUAGCUAUUUAUUUUAUUGUUGGGGAAAAAAAAGAAAGAAAGAAAAUGAAAUAAGCCCAAACCAAGAAAGCAUCAAGGGCAACCCGGGAAGAACUUAGAUAAGCUGACUGAUAACAUGAAGGGAUGUCACCGGAUAGCUCUCCCACGGACAAGUCUUUCUGUUUGCUACCAGAACUUUUCCAAGAAGCUAAAGGGCUGCAAAGAGAUGUAAAUACUUGUGAAUAGGAAUGAUUAUACACUGUGUAAAAUGCACUUUUGUUUGUUGUAUUCCUUUAGACUCUUAGAUAAUUGGCUGGAAAACGAACUGUUGUUCUGGUGUGACCUGCUUAAGUUAAAAAAAAAAAGUUGUAGUGUCAUCAGAGCUGUAAAAUUUUUACCUUUCAUUUUUCCCUCCCUGUACAGAAUUAGCAUGGCAUUUUAAAUAUUGAUGUUCUUGUUCCCAGCAUGCCUGUUUUAAAACAAAGGAUUUAAAAAGGGGGGGGGGUGUCUACAUUAAAUUAUGACCUAGUCCAAAUAAUAUUUUCUCAUUAAAAUAUGUAAAUUCAAA